AUGGCGGGGAAGCCGGUCAAGUUAGAGGAGAUGGUCGCGAAGAAGCUGGCGCUGUGGCACACCCGCACGUUCCGCCCCAUCAUGACCCACGACGAGUUGGAGCCCCUCAUGGCCGCCGCCGGCUUCGUCCCCCUCCCCAUCUGUCCGCCGCCGCUGCCGGAAGAACAGCUACAGCAGCAGCCGUCGGUGGUCACCUGGCGGGAGUAUGCGUCGCGGUCGGAGGCGGCGGCGCGCGGCGGGAGGGGGAAGGGGAGGAGGCGCGGCGCCGGGGCCGGGGUGGGUCCCCGGCCGCGCCUGCCCUAUCCCCGCAUCGACGGCCUGCACCUGACGACCUACAAGGCCUUCUUUUUGGCCCUCGAGUUCUACCUCGGCCCCACCCUCGUCCCCAACCUCUUCCACGUCAGGUGA